AUGCACUACCUCAGCAAGACCUUCGGCCUUCUCAUGGUCAUCAACGGCGUCACAGCUGUCGCCGUUCCCCGCCAGGCCCGCCGCCCUUGCGCCGAGGAAGUCCAAGCCGUGUGUGCCGACAAUGCCGAGGCCGGUCAACUCUUGGCCGUCGAGUGCAACGACAGGAAGUGGAGCUGCGUCCACCAGUCCGCCGAUGCCGAGGAUGACAGCCCCGUUGUGGUCGAGGAGGCCCCCGAAGAAGAAGCCCCCGAGGAGGAGGCCCCUGAGGAGGAGGCCCCUGAGGAAGAAGCCCCUGAGGAAGAGGAGGCCCCCGAAGAGGAGGCCCCGAAGAGGAAGCCCCUGAGGAGGAAGCCCCCGAGGAGGAAGCCCCGAAGCCCCGUCGAGGAGGAAGCCCCUGAGGAAGAAGCCCCCGAGGAGGAAGCACCCGUCGAGGAGGUCCCUGAGGAGGAGGCGCCUGUCGAAGAGACUCCUGUUGAAGAGGCCCCCGUUGAAGAGACCCCCGAGGAGGAAGCCCCAGUUGAGGAGACACCUGAGGAGGAGGCUCCCGUAGAGGAGGAAGCUCCUGAGGAAGAGGCACCUGAGGAAGAAGCCCCCGUCGAAGAGACCCCCGAGGAAGAGGCCCCCGUUGAGGAAGAAGCUCCCGAGGAGGAGGCACCUGUCGAGGAGACCCCUGAGGAGGAGGCCCCCGUUGAAGAGGUCCCUGAGGAGGAGGCGCCUGUUGAGGAGACUCCCGUUGAAGAGGCUCCUGAAGAAGCUCCUGAGGAGGAGGCACCUGUCGAGGAGACCCCCGAGGAGGAAGCCCCCGUUGAAGAGACCCCCGAGGAGGAAGCCCCCGUUGAAGAGACCCCUGAGGAGGAAGCCCCCGUUGAAGAGACCCCCGAGGAGGAGGCUCCUGUAGAGGAGACUCCCGAGGAAGAGGCCCCUGUUGAGGAGGAAGCUCCCGAGGAAGAGGCCCCGUUGAGGAGGAAGCUCCUGAGGAGGAGGCCCCGAGGAGGCCCCGUCGAGGAGGAAGCUCCUGAGGAGGAGGCCCCCGUUGAGGAGGCUCCCGAGGAGGAGGAGGAGUAA